CUGGACCUGGGAACAGUUAAGAGCAGCUGAUCAGGAGACCUAAGAGAUCUAGGAAGAGCUUGUUUUAUAUGCUUAGCACUCAUGUGGCUUUAAAACAGUGGUAGAGUAUAUUCGCUCGAGGUCACACCAUGCAUGCGGACGAUCCUCAAACUUGAAACUCACGACCGAUUGACUCUGAGGUUAGUCUGUUCAUUGCUCGAUUCUCGUUUGCACAUGUGCCCUGUCAGGAAAGUCCAGUUUUGUUUUUUUUUUUUGCACAUUGUGGUUACCUGGCUGCUAUGUGGAGGAGGAGGAGGAGUUUAAAUAUUACAAUCACUUCCUUGUUCGACUCACAGAACAACUAGAAGGCACCUCAUCCUUGACUGAACAAUCAAGUAAGGACUCAACUGAAACGCUCCAGGAUUUUAAAAAUGGCUCUGAGCAACUCCGAUCCCACGGAUCAGGACGGGGAAAAGGAGCCAUUUCUCCUGCGGGCAAUAAAGAUCGCAUUUGUGGUGGCUUUGUACUGGUUUGUGUCCAUCACCAUGGUGUUCCUGAACAACCACCUGCUGGACAGUAAAGAGCUGGACGCUCCUCUGUUUGUCACGUUCUUCCAGUGCGUGGUGAGCGUGGGGCUCUGCUGCAUCAUGAGCCUGGGGGCCUCUUUAAAGCCGGGCUUUGUGGACUUCCCUUCCAUUAAAGUGGACCUGAAAGUGUCUGUGCAGGUGUUACCCCUCUCUGUCGUGUUCAUCGCCAUGAUCGCGUUCAAUAACCUGUGCCUGAAACACGUCGGAGUCGCCUUCUACACGGUGGGCCGCUCACUGAGCACAGUCUUCAACGUGCUGCUGAGUUACGUCAUUCUCAAGCAGACUACGUCACUGUACGCGCUGCUGUGUUGUGGCGUCAUUCUGAGUGGUUUCUGGCUCGGUGUGGAUCAGGAAGACGCGGCUGGCUCCCUCUCCUGGACCGGGGUGGUAUUCGGGGUCCUAGCCAGCGCGUGCGUCUCCUUAAACGCCAUUUUCACCAAGAAAGUGAUGCCCGUGGUGGACGGAAGCAUCUGGAAGCUGUCGUACUAUAACAACCUGAACGCGUGUGUGCUCUUCCUCCCGCUAAUCGCCGUGUUCGGAGAGCUGCCGCGCGUCUUCAAUUUCACCGGCGCCUCGGACGGCCAUUUCUGGGGCAUGAUGGUCCUCGGGGGUGUUUUUGGCUUUGCCAUUGGCUAUGUGACAGGACUGCAGAUUAAAUUCACGAGCCCUCUGACGCACAACGUGUCAGGAACGGCGAAGGCUUGCGCGCAGACCGUCAUUGCCAUCGCGCUCGAGCACUCGCACAAGAGCUUGCUGUGGUGGAGCAGCAACAUGAUGGUCCUGGGAGGCUCGUUCGCCUACACCUGGGUCAAAGGUCUCGAGAUGAAGAAAGGAAACACGAGUCAGGACGUUCCAGCUCCAGGGGAGAAAAAUAAAGCAGACACAGGAGUAUGAAGAACAAAAUUUUAUUUUAUAUUUUUUAAAUGGUACACUGGACUAAAGGACAGGUACAAAACAGAAUGAUAAAAUUAUAUAUAUAUAUAUAUAUAUAUAUAUAUAUAUAUAUAUAUAUAAUAUUGGGCCUAUAACAUUUUGGACCUUUUUUUGUUUUUGUUUUUUUUGUUUUUUUUUUUUAAUAGAUAUCAGUUUUAAGAAUAACCAAUAAUGCUGGUGGAUAUAAUUAUGCAACAUACACUUUACAUCCAAUAACAUGACUCUUUCACCUCGGCAAACCAGGUCAGCGCCUAAAAUGAAGGCCAUUUCACUUUGCCUCGUUUCACUGCACUUGUGUGCAACAUUUUCUGUGAAAAGUUGCAAACGAACACAUACAUGUAUGUCUUGUAAGAUAAGAUAUAUAUCUUAUGACAGGAAAUACCUCUUCAUACCAGGAGGUGGCAGUUUUUUUUUUUUUUUUGGAUUUGCAAUAGAUGUCAUUUUUGCCAUCUCUUUUUAUAAAAUCUUAUGUAAAAGCUCGCAACAGAAACAGCCCCAAAGUUUUCUGAAAUUUAGAAAUUUCUAGAAUAUCAGCACUACUGCCUUACAUUCACAAUGUCACAACAGUGUUGGUUGUAGAAGUAUCAAAUAUUGUUUUUUUAUAAUAAUUGAAAUCUGAAAAAGAGUACAUCAUCUGUGAAUUACAAGAACAAGACUAAUCGGCACCUAACUAAUCGAACUGUCCAGAAGAUAUCCGUGCAAACUGUGCUCGUGCAUCAGUACACAUUUCAUGUGGACUUGAUUAAUGUGUGUGGAGUUUAUGCUGUAUUUUAAUAUUUCGUUCCUUAUUUAAGCUUUAUCUUUAUCACCUGCUUAGUACGUAGGGAUACGCUGUGUUUAAAUAUGUGUGUACAUAAAUGACGUUUUUAUUUCCAAAUUAUUUGUAACUUAGAUGCUGUGUUUCAGUUCUUUUUUACAUGAAGACACUAAUGGAUGUGAUUCCAUAAUUAAACGAGUGCACCUUUGGAUGACCUCAAUCACA